UGUUGACAUGUUGUUGUGCAAGUUGCUCGACAUAUAAUUACGGACACGCGGUACAGACCACAGUUCGCAGACAUCAAGAACGUGGGCAUCAUUUACAUGACCGAUUAAGACACCUCGUAUUAUUUUCAACACUUGUCAUAUCUGAUAAUGCCGAGAGGACGAGGCCGCGGUCGUGGGGGUGCCAGAGGGGGGCGUGGUCGUGGAAGAGGCAGGGGAAGAUCUGGAGGCCGUGGAAGAUCCGCAUCGGCGUCAAACACAGGUAACGAUGAGCAAGGCAGUGCCCCAGAACAGUUGGACAUCGAGACUAGGCCUAAGGACUUCUUCACUGGCACCGCCUCGGUCGCCCAGCACAUACAGGGCCAGACAGACAACCUGGACAGGUACGCGGCCACCAUGGCAGUCCUCCGGAAGAGUGGGGUGGCUGUGGCUCAAAAUGCUUGUGUGCGAGCUUUGACUGCUGCAUGGGCCCGGCAUGACUACAAGCUUGCUGAUGCCUUUCUUCAGAACAGAGAGCAGUUUGGACUUGUUGAGGUUUUGAAGGCCUUAACUUUACUCGACUCAGGGCGGAGAGUGCGUGUUCUCGAGAAAAAGCUCAAAAGGUUGCAACUCACAGGGUCAAAGAUCAGCAAGAAGAAAUUUGGAAAGCUGAAGUCAGACAUUGACAACCUUCAGGCUAUUAAACCACCACAAGGGUCUGCCAGCGGGGCGGUGUGCAAACAUGUGCAGGCGUGGGUGAGGACGUUCACGAAGGAGGACCUGGAGUUCUACGCUCUCCACUACCCAAAGGAUCCCUGGAAGAAACUGGCAGACAUCUGCCACUUCAGCCCCAAAACAGAUUUUGCAGUGUUGCCAUGGUUCCUGCCCUUCUGUUUUGGUGCCAAUUCCCCUGAGGGAUCGAUGGUGGAGAGGUGUCGUGACGUCACAGAGGCCAACGUCAAUGACCUCAUCAAGGAGUACGAUGUCCCGUACACUCAUGUGAAGGAACAUCAGGCCAAGUUGACGGAAGACUCGAAAGCCAGAUUAGCUGCAUAUGAGACGAAACUAGAUACAGUGUUAUGGUGGUAUGAAGAUCUUCAGUGCUUGGAGGUAGACAAAAUAAUAACAGAACGACUUGAAGCAGGCGAGAAUGUGAACCUGGCCAAUGGGAAACUGUUGGAAAGAUUAUUAACCCUGAAGAUAAUCCGCGAGAACAUCCAGUCCACGUCAUAUUACGGCUCUGGGGCCCCAACCAGGGAGGCAAACCCAACAAAAGUUUGUUUUCUCCCGAAGCUGAUCCCCUUGGCUGAAACAAGACUGACAUCAAUCAAACUACCCCUCGAGUCCCCAAUUGUUGUGAUCGGCGAUGCAUCCGGGUCCAUGCAGGUUGCCAUUCGAACCAGCACCAUCAUCGCUAGUCUGCUCACCGCGAUCUGCUCAGCCAGACUUGUCUUCUUCAACACCGAGAAUCGUGAAGCACCAUACUUGCCCAAGACCAUCGAUGAAGUGCUGGAACUGGCGGUGACAACCACGGCAGGUGGAGGGACAACUCCUGCCGCUAGCUUGUGGCCGUUCUAUGAGAAGAAGGAGGUUGUGAAGACAUUCAUCAUGGUGACUGACGAAGAGGAGAAUGGAAAAGUUCAGGAUAUGAAUUUUGCUAAUUUGUACAAGAAAUAUCAUGACGAAGUAUUUCCUGCAAAGCUGGUCUUCGUGUCCUUCCUGCGUUCCCAGCAUGCAAAGGGGCAAAUGGUGACUAACCUUCAAGAACUUGGAUUCCACCCACUCCAGUUCCAACUGGAAGGAAGCCGCCCUGACCUGACUAAACUGGACAAUCUGUUCGGGCUGCUGUCGUCUGAUUCCGCCUCCUUCAAGGAUGAAAUCACCGAGAUGCAGGAGAGCAUCACGAAGUUGGGGCUGGCCGAGGUCUUCAAGGGGCUCAAGACAGAGUAAGAUGAGUUAGGAGGUCAAUACCCGAACUCAAGACUGUAGGGGGGCACAGGUGGUCCAGUUGUCUGAGGCGCUGUGAGUUGUGUCCGUUGGGCACGCCAGAAACUUAUAAUUAUGGGUUCGAAUCACGAUACACACUAAUUAUGUUGCUAGGUUUGUCAGCACCAUACCUGUGGGUUUCAACGAAGUGGUAAACGUCUGAGACCUGCAUCACAGUGGCUUUCCUCCCACAUUAAGCUGACACGCCACGAUAUAACUGGAAUAAUGUUAAGAGCAGGGUUAAAACCAACUCACUCACUCACUCACUCAAGGGCUGUACUCCACAGAAUAAUACCACUACAGGGCUAGAACUGUCAUAAGUAAAGGAGUAAGACAAUCAUAGUGCAACUCUUGUCCUAAGACUGCAGGAACAUAUUGGAGUUACGACUAAGCUACGAUAAGUCUGUGUUCAGGUAUCUGACUUCAUUAUGUUGCUUUUAAUUACAGAUACACACAUAGUUUGCACACAGGUUAAUAGUUGACACACAUGUUCAAUAGUUGACACACAGUUUCAAUAGUUGACACAAAUGUUCAAUAGUUGACACACAGUUUCAAUAGUUGACACAAAUGUUCAAUAGUUGACACACAGGUUCAAUAGUUGACACACAUGUUCAAUAGUUGACACACAUGUUCAAUAGUUGACACACAUGUUCAAUAGUUGACACACAUGUUCAAUAGUUGACACACAUGUUCAAUAGUGUGCACACAUAUUCCGGUCUUUAUGCACAUAACAGAGUUAUGCAUGAUGACUGAAACAUUACAUGAUCAUUGGGAUAUAAUUAUUUAAAAUUGAUUGUGUGACUGUAUUUCUCCCUGUAUUUUGUGUAAAUAUCAUCUGGAUAAUCCAUUUAUUUGCUCACUUUUGUGUUGAAAAGUAUUUUUUUACUGAGAAUGAUAAUAAGACUAAGAGGGUCAUUAUCUUAAGUUUGAAACCCUAGAAUGGUCAAGUUGUAACCUUCAUGUAUGCUUUAUCGAGAAACCAUUU